CUCGCGGCUCUCGCGUGGGCGGGGCGGGGCCCCGGGUCGCUCCGGCAACAUGGCGGAGGCUGAGGGGGAGAGCCUGGAGUCGUGGCUGACUUCCUGCUGCCCUGCCUCUGGCAUCAGGUGGAGUCACAGACCCAUGAAGUAACAUCAUCCUCGUGUCCUGCUGCUGCAGCAAGAUCUGCACCUCAGCCUGUGAUGAUCUGGCAUCUGCAUGUCCUGCCUCAUUCCAGGCAGCUGGGAUGAGAGAAGGUGAUCCUUCCUGUCCCCUCCUGGCAGUCAGGCUCUGCUUCUGCUCUGAGCUGAAACAGAAGAUAAAGCCACCAACCCAUCCAACAGGCAAGAAGACUGGGAAUACAUCAUCGGAUUCUGUGACCAGAUCAACAAGGAACUUGAAGGGCCACAGAUAGCUGUGAGACUCCUGGCUCAUAAAAUCCAGUCACCACAGGAAUGGGAGGCAGUCCAAGCCUUGACAGUACUGGAAGCUUGUAUGAAGAAUUGUGGGAGAAGAUUUCAUAAUGAAGUUGGGAAGUUUCGUUUUUUAAACGAGUUAAUAAAAGUUGUGUCUCCAAAGUACCUGGGGGACCGAGUCUCAGAGAAGGUGAAGUCCAAAGUGAUUGAAUUGCUGUACAGCUGGACUGUGGCAUUGCCAGAAGAAUCCAAAAUCAAGGAUGCCUAUUACAUGCUGAAGAGACAAGGGAUUGUCAUGUUUGAUCCUGUGAUUCCUGCAGACAGAACACUGAUUCCUUCCCCACCGCCUCGUCCCAAGAACCCAGUGUUUGAUGAUGAGGAGAAAUCCAAGCUUCUAGCUAAGCUGCUGAAAAGCAAAAACCCAGAUGAUUUACAAGAGGCCAACAAACUUAUAAAAUCCAUGGUAAAAGAGGAUGAGGCUCGGAUCCAGAAGGUGACAAAGCGUAUGCACACGCUGGAGGAGGUGAACAACAAUGUGAAGCUGCUGAAUGAGAUGCUGGUUCAUUACAGCAAAGAGGACUCAUCAGAGGCUGACAGGGAGCUCAUGAAGGAGCUCUACGAAAGGUGUGAAACCAAAAGACGGACACUGUUCAAACUGGCCAGUGAGACAGAGGAUAAUGACAGCAGUUUGGGGGAUAUUCUGCAGGCCAGUGACAAUUUAUCACGUGUGAUAAAUUCCUAUAAAAAAAUAAUAGAGGGGCAAGUGAUCAAUGGUGAAGUGGAUCUCCCUGGGAUGUCUGUAGUGGAAGGGAGUAACUGCACCAAUAAUCUCAACACCCUCAUUGACCUUGCUGGACUGGACGUCAACAGCACGUCGCCACCUCCAGUGCCACCCAGCAGCCUGGCACCAGCCCCCAGCACAGCCCCUGGCCCAGCUGAAAUCCCCAUCCUUCCUCCUCCUCCCCAGACAUUCGCGCCGCUGCGCAGCAGCUCCUCCAGCCAGGUGGAAACAGCACCUGCUCAGCAAAGCAGCACAACCAACUCCCUGUCCUUGCUGGAUGAGGAGCUCCUGUGCUUGGGCCUGAAUGACCCAGCCCCUGCAGCAGGGAAGGAGACCUCAGAGAGCAACCAGUGGAACAUAUUUGAGAAUGAGCAGUUGGACCUGGAUUUCUUUAAUCCGAAGAUGGUGACUGUUGCUUGCAACCCUGCAGGGAACCCUCUUCUCCAUCACACAUCACAGACCACGUGUGGGACAUCAGCCAUGCUGCCUUCUGCUUUCCCAGCCUCCCAGACUGCUCCCAGCAUCCCAGCACCAAACUCAGCACCGUUUGUAUUUCCUGCUGUACCAGCUGCCCCUGCAGGGCCUCCUAAGACUAUUCCAGCUACUCCUGGGUACUUCAGCUCGUCUGUGGGGGGCAAUAUGUCACAUAAGAUGGAUGCAUUGGGACAACUCCUUGAAGAAGCUAAAGGGAGUGCCACCCAAGGCAUGGCGACACCUUCAGUGUUCCCUGGGGUUACUUUGCCAACCACUGCCACCCCUGCCCCAUUAGCAGCACCUACAGGGCUGGCAGCCGCUGCCUCUGGGGUCCCUCCAGCUCCCUUCCCAAGCAGCUGCACUGCUGGAUCAGGGAGUCCUCUCUUCCAGCCGGCAUCAUUCCAGCAGCAAGGCAGUCCCAUGAAAGCACCUGAAAUUUCUUUGGCCAAUGUCCAUGUUCCCUUGGAAUCCAUUAAACCCAGCAGUGCCCUGCCCGUGACAGCCUACGACAAGAACGGGUUCCGGAUCCUGCUGCACUUUGCCAGGGAGUGCCCGCCGGGGCGCUCGGAUGUGCUGGUCGUGGUGGUGUCCAUGCUGAACACGGCGCCGCUGCCCGUGAGGAACAUCGUGCUGCAGGCGGCCGUGCCCAAGUCCAUGAAGGUGAAGCUACAGCCACCCUCUGGCACUGAGCUGUCUCCGUUCAAUCCCAUCCAGCCACCAGCUGCCAUCACCCAGGUCAUGCUUCUGGCAAAUCCUGCGAAGGAGAAGGUGAGGCUGAGGUACAGACUGACCUUCACCCUAGGAGAUCAGCCCAGCACAGAAGUGGGCGAAGUGGAUCAGUUUCCCCCGGUAGAGCAGUGGGGGAAUCUAUGACCUUAGGACACUGCCAGAGACUCUGACAGGACCAGGGCAGGAUCCCACAGGACUGGAACAGAUGUGCCGUGGGGAGGGACACACAUGCUAUCCACUGGUGAUGUUCAGCUUUGUUUACAUGUCCUGACCACUCUGCUUGUAGCUUUAGUCCAGAAUGUUGUGCCCCACAUUUGAAGGGGUCCUGGAACACUUAUGCCAAGCAUGAACUGAGAGGCAGCCAGUGGCAGGCGGUGCUGGCUGCUUUUACUUUGACCUCUGGGUGAAUCUGGUUCUAUCUUCCACUCUAUUAAACUUGAAGUUAUUGUAUUUUGAGGGAAGACCUGUCAGCAGAAGGGGAUUUAGUUGGCUUUUCCUGCACUGCUGUCCAGAGAUCCCGACAGGCUGUGGGGUGAUGAUGCCGCGAGCUCAGCGCAGAGCCCUGACAGAGCCCUCCCUGGGACUGUGACCCUCUUGUGCCACAUGGGCCCGUGAGCAUGCUGAGCAAUAAUGCUGCUCCAUGAGGGAACGCUUCGUUUUUUACACUGAAAUAACACUUAGCUCCCUUCCCCCUCUCCUGCUUCAUUCCCAAGGGCCCGUGUAAGCAGCCCCUCGCUCCGUGUGUGCCAUACUGCUGUAUCUUUACUUGUUAUAUUUAUUUUACGCUGCUGGCCGCCACCUUGGGGCAUCCAUCUGGGGCAGCUGGUGCUGAGUUUGGUCUGCAAAUGGUUACACUGGUUAUUUUUUUUGCCUUCAUUGCAUUCCAUAGUGUGGGGAAAAGAGGAAAUGCACAGUGAGGAGGAGAGGGCUGGAGGGUAGUGGUCAGUAUUGGAGGAGGACAGCACCUGGAGCACAGAACUGUCUUUACAAUCACUAGUCAGGGCGAGUGACUGAAUCCAGGGAUAUGGAGAGAGGCCUCUCAUGUCCCCUUAUGCAGGCAGUGUUACUGGUAUAGUCAAAUACUGGGUUUUACUGAGCUGAGUACAAUGACCUACAAGAUGUAAAUAAUGGAGCUGUAGAGUAUUAAAACAGAGGGCAGAGAAAGGAAGAGGCUCCCCUGGGCUGUGAUGGGGCAUUUGCUGAGUUAAUGCCCCAUUUUCUUUGUUCCUUGUAUUAAGUGGCAAAGUGCAAUUGUCCCCACAAAGGGGAAAAUAGUUUUGCUGGACAUCAGUGCUAACAGAAGAGCUGAUCCCUUAGCUACAACCUCCUAGAAAUAAGGUUUAAAUCACACAAACAUGGUUCCAGCAGCCCCUUCUUUCUUCUCAGUUUCCAUUGACACGAACACCAAGAGGUGCUUGCUCAGUCCUUGGACACUCAGCUCUGCAUUUCCAGCAGGGCUGUCAAGCAACAGCUCUUCUAAAAUGUGGAGUGGGAGCAGCACAGAGAAAAGCAGCAGAGGCUCCUGCCUCAUGUAGGAAAACUCCACAGAAGAACAGGAUGCUGGAAUGAAUGGUGGCUGUAAAACCAUUGCUGCAAAGACAGCUUGCAGUUAUUCAUAGGUGAAUUUUCUUUACUAUGCUGCAGAGUAAAAAUCCCUAUAAAUUAAAAAAUGGGAUUCACAAGCCUGAGGCCCUCAUCAGAAGCCCCAGGCAGCUGCAGGAACCCCUGAAGGUGGAAUCCAGGCUUGUCCUGGUCUGAAGCCUGUGGAGAUCUCAGCCUUGUCAGUUCCCUGAUGCAGAAGCCAGGGGAAAGGGCAAGGGAGAGUGAUAAAUUGUUUGGAUCCUUAAGAAAGUUGUUUUACAUUGAUGGACUGGGAGAUAAUGGACAAGGAGAGAAUUCUUCCUGCCUCAGCCACGUUCUUGCCAGCACUUUAGAACAGUAGGCACAGGGGCAGUGCCUGGGCGGUGUGUCCUGAGGAGCAGGGUCACUGCUCCCCUGCACGUGGAUCUCACUGUGACUCGGAGGAAGGCAGGAGAACACCGGUGCUUUCAGCAGCAGCAGCCGCCACCCGGACACGGCACGCACCACGGGCCUGCUGCUUUGGAAAUUAAAUGAUGAAUGUUCCUUGUCUGUAGGGUGAGGUUCCUGCUUCAUCCCCAGCAGUCCUACCUGUACAUACAUCUCCAAUGCGUUUGUGCUGCUGCAUGUUGAAUAAAUCAUUUUCCCUAC